AUGUGCCUGCUCUUUCUGUACUGCUUUUUAUGGAGCUUCCACACCUCUACUGGCCAGUUCCCUCGAGCCUGCAUUUCCUCCAAGAACCUGAUGGAGAAGGAAUGCUGCCCAGCGUGGAGCGGGGAUGGGAGUCCCUGUGGCCAACUCUCAGGCAGGGGUUCCUGUCAGGACGUCAUUAUUUCCAGUGCACCCCAUGGACCCCAGUUCCCCUUCGUUGGGGUGGAUGAUCGGGAGUCUUGGCCCUCUGUUUUUUAUAAUAGGACCUGCCACUGCUCUGGCAAUUUCAUGGGAUUCGACUGUGGAAAUUGCAGGUUUGGUUUAGGGGGGCCAAGCUGUACAGAGAGGCGAAUGCUGGUGAGAAGAAACAUUUUUGAUUUGAGUAUCCCAGAGAAGGACAAAUUCCUUGCCUACCUCACAUUAGGAAAGCACACUGUCAGUGCAGACUAUGUUAUCCCCACCGGAAGCUAUGGCCAAAUGAACAAUGGAUCGACCCCCAUGUUCAGGGACAUCAACAUUUAUGAUCUCUUUGUCUGGAUCCAUUACUAUGUGUCUAGAGACACCCUGCUCGGUGGAACUGAAGUCUGGAGGGACAUUGACUUUGCUCAUGAAGCGCCAGGCUUCCUGCCUUGGCAUAGACUCUUCUUGCUGCUGUGGGAAAAAGAAAUCCAGAGGCUGACAGGCGAUGAGCAUUUCACUGUCCCGUACUGGGACUGGCGAGAUGCGGAAGGCUGUGAUGUUUGCACAGAUGAGUACAUGGGAGGACGCCAUCCAACAAACCCGAAGCUACUCAGCCCAGGAUCCUUCUUCUCUUCUUGGCAGAUCAUCUGCAGCCGGAUAGAGGAGUACAACAGCCUGCAAAUGUUAUGCAACGGAAGCUCGGAGGGGCCAUUACUGCGCAAUCCGGGGAACCAUGACAAAGCCAGGACCCCAAGGCUGCCCUCCUCAGCUGAUGUGGAAUUGUGCCUGAAUUUUAAAAACUAUGACUCGGGCUCCAUGGAUAAAGCUGCCAAUUUCAGCUUCCGGAACAUACUGGAAGGAUUUGCUAAUCCACUUACUGGACUAGCAGAUGCCUCUAAAAGCAGCAUGCACAACGCCCUGCACAUAUUUAUGAAUGGAACGAUGUCCCAGGUACAAGGAUCUGCCAAUGAUCCCAUCUUUCUUCUUCAUCAUGCAUUUAUUGAUAGUAUUUUUGAACAGUGGCUCCGAAGAUACCGUCCUCUUCGAGAAGUUUACCCAGAAGCCAAUGCACCCAUUGGACAUAACCGCGAAUCCUACAUGGUUCCUUUUAUACCUCUCUACAGAAAUGGUGAUUUCUUUAUUUCAUCCAGAGAGCUGGGCUACGACUAUAGCUACCUACAAGAUCCAGACCCAGAGUCCUUUGAGGACUACAUUAAAUCCUACCUGGAACAAGCCAGUCAGAUCUGGCAAUGGCUCCUGGGGGCCGCUGUGGCAGGGGCUGUCCUCACUGCCGGGCUUGCAGGAAUCGCCCGCUUGCUGUGUCGGGCCAGGAGAAAGCGGCUCCCGGAAGAAAAGCAGCGCCUCCUCCUGGAAAAACAGGGUUAUCACAGCUUGUUGUCCCAGAGCCAUUUAUAAACGGUCUCGCCAUUAGAGUAGCGCAUAAGAGCCUGAUCUUAUUUGAACUCGUAGUGGUGGUCAAAUCCAUUCUCAGAAUUGUAAUCUAGCAAGUGCCUGGUGUACGGCCAUCACCUCGACACAGGGAAAACACAUUUAUGCUCGCCUUCAUACUUUGGCUCCGCACUCUGACAAUUUCCCUUAAGCCCAUAUUUCAAAAAAAAA